AUGGGUAAAAAUAUAAAUCUAGAAAAUUUAGAUCAAUGGGUAUUGGAAUAUAAUCAUGAAAAGAUCAAUCAAUUACAUUGCGAUAUAGAUCAAUUCGAUGGUCUGCAAAAAGAUAUCAUCAGAUUCGCAUACAACAUUGUCAAUGGAAAUCUAUGGUCAUCUAUCGAAUCAUCGGAAUUCAUUAAAGAUCUAUUUGAAUACGAUACUUUAUUGAAUGAUGAAUCAAUUACAGUUGAAGAUUAUUUCUUUAAUAUAAAUCAAAAGAUUGAAGAAUUAGAAGAGAAUCAAGAGAAUCAAAUGAUUUUGUUGAUGUGUGGUAUCACAUUUUUGAAUUUGUAUGUUCAGAUCAAUUGGACUGGUGGUCCAGAACAUCAGGUACCACAGUUACUCGGUGGUGAGAAGCGAUUCAAGGAGAUCAAGCAGAUGCUCGAGUUGGACGGUGAGACUAUCUACACAAAGGUUGCACAUCCACAGUUGUUGUAUCUUGCACGUCUCUGCUUGGUCGACAACUAUCAGUUCUUGGCGGAUGGCUGUCGCUCUAGUUGUUGGUGGUCGGUUCGUGCUAUGAUCUAUCAUCAACGAUCACUCGAUAACAUUACACCAACACUAAAGUCGGCGAUUAGCGAACGUUUCCAGAUUGUCUGUCGUUUCUACGUAGAUGUCGACCUCGACAACGACACCGCUAUCGACUUGGCCGCCACUGCCAAACUGGAGCAAUCUCUGUGUUUCCUUCACUUUAAACAAACCGCCAAACUCUUGGAAUCCAUAGAGCAAGCCGCCAAUAUCUCACAGCUAACAGCAACACUCACCGGUGCACUCGGUAGACGUACUCGUUUCCAGACAUUCGAUACUGCACAGCUCAUUGUCGACGUCACCAAACACCGUGAAACCAACCAAACAACACCCAAAUCAACAGCAACAGCAACAGAAUCACCAUCAGAAGAAAACAAUUCAAUGGAUGUAGAUGAUAAACCUAUCGAUAUUAAUGAUGACAAUUUCAAAUUCCAAAGAGAGGUUACCAAUGACGAUCCAACUUUACUCUCGAGACCAAAGAUCACAGAACACAAGAUGGAUGUUUCCAACCUGAGAAUUGUCGAUCAAGCGAUUCUUCUGGUGAAUGCACUCGCUUUGAAAGCAAAGAAUGGAGCGAAUGGAGCCAAUGAAGAGAUGACACCCUACGUGCAUAAAGCAUUGGAAUAUCCAAACUCUUGGAUCGUUCACUCGAUGGGACUCUUGAUGAAAUCGCGUCUCGAAGCCAACUCCUCGAAAACUGCUGAACGUGCUGCCCUCCAAAUCCAAGCAUUGGUUGAGCAAUACAAUGAUAAGACCACCGAGAGUGCAUCGACAGCACUCCGUUUACAAUAUCUAUAUAUCACAGACUACCCUUCGCGUUGGGAUUUAGAACGUGAAGUCGGUGAGCGUUUCGUCUCGGUCGGUGCCGUCGCCACUGCCUAUGACAUUUUCGAGCGUUUGGAGAUGUGGGCCGAUGCAAUCAAGUGUCUUCAGUUCAUGGGUAAGAAUGCCAGAUCCGAAGAGUUGGUAAGAUCGCGUCUCGAGGUAGAUCCAACUCCCGAGUUGUGGUGUGUACUCGGUGACAUCAAAGAGGAUCCAGAGCUCUACUUGAAGGGUUGGGAACUAUCGAGAAAGAGAUACUCCAGAGCACAACGUUCGUUGGCUCAUCACUACUUGGCCAGAGCACAAUGGCAGGAAGCAAUCGAUUGCUAUCAAGUCGCCCUCACAAUCAAUCCUCUGUUCCCAAACAGUUGGUUCUCUCUUGGUUGCGCAGCGAUGCGUUUGGAGAAGUGGGACAUUGCUACCAACGCAUUCAGCAGAUGCAUUGCACUCGAACCAGAGGAAGCAGAAGCCUACGGUAAUCUGGCGGCCGUCUACAUGAUCCAAAAGAAAAUGGAUCGUGCUUAUGUUGCGCUUCAAGAGGGACUGAAACAUCGUCGUGAAAACUGGAAGAUGUGGGAGAAUUUCCAACAUGUCUGUAUGGUGAUGAAAGACUAUCAAUCGGCGAUCCAGUGUAUUCUCCAGAUUUUCGAGUUGAACAACAAAAAGGUCGAUCUUGGAGUGCUCCAGGUGCUGGCAAACUUUGUGGUGGACGACAGUCCCGACCGUACUGGAAUCAAUGGUCGUCGUAUAGAGAAGCCAAUCAGUGAGAUGUUUGGAAAGAUCACAUCGAAGCUGACAAACAAUUCCGAUGUCUGGCGAAUCUACGCCGACUAUCACAAACGACUUGGAAACAUCGAGAAAUCGAUCGACUUGCAGCAGCGUGCUGUUCGUUGCAUUGAGAGCGCACUCACCGGUUGGGAUAUCGACAAAGAGAAAUUCGAUCGUGUCGUUGCCUACCUGGAAGUAUUGAUUAGACUCUACCUUGGACAGGAACCAGUCAACUCGACCAACAUCUACUCUGCCAAACUCAAAAUCAAUGGAAUAAUGAAAAAAGUUGAACUCUCCUUUAAAGAAACAGAUACCUAUAAAAAACUUCAAUCACUUCUUGAUGAAAUGGAAUUAAAAGUAAAAUCAAAUUAA